AUGGAAACUCUUGCCGGUUGCAUCGGCGUCAACUUAGACAGAGUAAAAGGCUCUUCCAGCUGGCCACCUUUACCCGUUCCUCCCGGGGUUCCCGGUCCUCUCUCCUCCAGUAUCGGCCUACCUGGAGCCCUGGUCGAGCCAACCCAAACAAACUGCACCCCUAUUGUAUCCACCAGCUCCAUCUCUAGUACCGUAGCCCCAGUGGCGUCUACAGUCCUCUCGCAGCUCUCAGGAGCCCCUGGUCUGCCCACCACAGCUGGACCUAUCACUGUGUCUUCAAUCAUUGGUGGCCCUGCAAGCCUUCAGGAUAGCAUCAAUGGUUUCAGUCCUUGUGGUAUCAGCCUUAAGCUACUCCCCUGUUCCACAGAGAGGUAUACCUACAAAUUCAAUGGCCAACCAUCCAGUCUGACAGUAUUCCAGCCAACUCCAGUGUCGCGAUCCAGUAGCCGCCGCCAUGGACCACCAAAUACCAUUUCGCGGAUUCUCAGGCCGCGGCGGUUCGUCUGUCGCAACUGCAAAAAAGCCUAUCAUGUAGAGGAGGGCAAUGGUAGCGAGCUCUACCCUCUCUCAGAGGGUGAUAAUCCCCUUCUAAACAGUGCUCUCUCGUCUUCGCUAGCCUCUGUUGUCACCCCUCUUUCAAACACUCUGAAGCCUUCGACCAGCUCAUCUCGGCGCUCGCAUCCAUCUGCCAGUGGUAACCAAAGAAAUCAUCCUGCUUCCCAACAAAUCCGCUCUGUAGCACCCCCUAUCAUUCCAGUCAAAGUAGAUGAAUCUGCCGCUGUCACAUCUGACGUCUCCGCCACCUCGGUGACUAUAGGACGUCCUGCCGGGUCCGAUAAUCGGUUAUCUGCCGCACUUAUACUCGGUCUGCCACCAAAAGUGGGUAGCUCUAAUUCUCCUGGCCCUUUGGAAUCAACUAACUCGGCCGUUCAUACGGAAGAACCCAUUUCUACUGUCAAGGCCAGCAUCGAUACAGUCGAAGUUGUAGCCCGUACCUCCAGUAUAGUAGCUCGGGUUUCUGGUCUCGGAAAGAGGAAGCGCAAAGCAGGUCUGGUCGCUCCUGUCGAUUUUACUAAUUCCAUAAAUGCGCUUGCUUCCCCUGUGUCGGCAUCAAAAACCGAGAUCCUCGCCUCUGACAUCAGAGUUACUAGUCUUCCUCCCGCUUCUUAUCACUCCCCUUCGCCUCCUGCACCCAUUCUAAUAGUAAGGACUCCCGGCACCUCAAUAGGCAUCUCCGCCUCUGAAGUAAAGAAACGUCGUCGCACAGAACUACAAAGCCUUUCUCCAAGUAACGGCAACACCGCGAGCCUGAAUCCAUCUAUUCUUGCAGUACCCACCGCCAACCGCAAAAAGGACGCUUUGCAGGCCGGAAGAUCAGCUCGUCGUAGAAUAGCUGCCGAGAGGGCCACUUCUCGUCUGGAGGGAGCCCCUUGUGCUGCAACGAGGCUUGAGGCGUCGCGCAGCCCUGUCCGUCGAAACCAGUCUGGUCGGCGGGCGCAUUCAAUUACAGAUGAAUCAGCCUCCUCUUUGACGGCUGGAGUUGUGGGACAGCAAGUUAAUAGCCCUCCUUCGCGAAAGGACCGCAUAAAGCAGCAGUACGCCUCUACGUUUCGCUACUCCGCCAUCUCACCAUCGAAUUCCAUGGUUUCGGUUAUCUCGGCUUCUGUAUCCACUCCCUCAUCGGCCUCCUUUUCUACACCUGCCGGGGUCUCGAAUAGUUCCACACUCUUAAAUUCAAGGGUUAACUCCUCAUCUCCUAGUACAGACAGUAUUGGUCUGCGGAUGCGAGCUCGUUCCGGUUCUAACUUGCUUGCCCAAGAGUUGACCUCUGCCACAGCCCUCUCUUUCAAUGGUUCGACUGCGACUCCCUCCGGCGUGCCUGAUUUGGCCCCAUCCGGGUCGGAAUCCACGAAGAUUGCUACUGUCGCUUCCGUUGGUGAGCCUAUAAGCAGUUCUGACUCUGGUCCUCUCAGUUCUAAAGUUGAUGUCGAAGAGGGCGGAUCUGAUGCGACCGGUGGAUUGGUCUCUUCAAAUGCUGCCUCAAUGGUAACAACUACAACUUCUACCAACAGUGUGACGGCUGCUACUCUCGCGGUGACUUCUCCGGUUAGUGCAUCCCAUUCGAGUAGACGUCGGCCGGGUGAUUAUGAAAAGCCCAAAAACCGAUGGAUUCGUGCCGAGCGAAUUCAACGUUAUCAGGAGGAGAAUGGUACAUGUCUGUCAACUGUAAACAGCAGUCAGGCUGUUACAACUACGCCGACGGCAUCUGCACCUAAUUCUUCAAUUGGCAAUUUAAGCACCGCUUUUUCCACAAGUCAUUCAGCUCCACAUUCCUCCACGAUGCUGGCCUUUUCUGCGGUCUCAUCGGGUCCUACUACUCUCACCAUCUCAGUCACGUCAGGAGCUUCCUCCGUCUUGGCAUCUACUGCCGCCAACUCAGUUCAAUCAGCAGCUUCAAACGCAACAGGACUUCUGCCCACUCAGCUGAGCAGGUCACGAACGCGAUCGGCCAGUCCAAUGACUGCACCAAACCGGCCUACUCCUCGGAAUACACGUAGUGUAGUUACCCCGGCCCGUGAACCCGUUGGUGACAGUACGUCCAUCGACGAGAUGAAAUCUGGCCUCGUCCCAAACACCUUGACUGCCACACCGAGUCUGGUUAUUGCGCCAGUCACUCCUUCUGCUCUACCCGCAAUCAAGAUCAAAAUCAAUCGUAACUCCCUGAUUGCCAGCACUGGUGGCACACCAUUUGAGGUUUCCAGUGGUUCAGCCUCUGACUUGGCGUCCUCUGAUAUUGCACCGCUUGAUUCUGAUGCCAAACACCGCAUCUACGAGAUCGUUUCCUCUCCUCAGUCGAUUGGCAAAGAGAUGGCUACUUGCAAUGGUCUCUCAAGUUUGGUUGAUUCGGAUGAAACCGGUGAAGCAAUUCCAUCUGGAGAAUUGACGCAUGAAGAUGACAGGCUUGAAGCCGGCGACCAUCUCGGUUCGCUUUCCGAGAUUCAAGAGGCGUCUGGUGACCCGUCAGACGGGCUGAGUAGCAUUGAGGGUCAAUUUGUGAGGCAAUGCUGUUUGCCGGGCAGUCAGACGGUGUUCCGUGUGGGCGACAUUGUCUGGAGCAAACUGUCCGGCUGGCCAUUUUGGCCGGCUCAAAUAACCAGCAUUCGAUGCUGCGGUUUGCCACCCGUCUACAUUGCCUGUCUACGCUGGUAUGCAUGGGAUCAGGUCUCCUAUAUAACCUGUGACAAACUGCUUCACUUUCUUGAACACUUUGAGCGACGAUUUGAUCGAAAGAAGAAGCGAAUUAUCUAUCGACAAGCUGUGGAGCAAGCGAAACGAGUAGCCGAAGAACGCCAACGUCUUUUGGCCCGCGGCGAUGACCCUGACCCACAAUCUCCGGACCACUUGGUAGAGGCGAUUAUCCCUCUUGAGCAAGGUAAGCCUGAAGGGGAGCCUGAGUUGGAGAUUGAAGAGAACCUUACUUCUGAAGAAGCUCCAGAAAUGGCUGAUACCAUGGCUCUUCUUGAGACGCUGUCAACGGCAUCGGCUCCGUCUAGUGUCGGCAAGAAGACGAAGUCAUCAGUCAAUUUGAUUGUCGAUGAUGAUACCGGAGUCGGUGUUAACGGUGCCGUUGACACAGUUACAAUCAGCAGCCGAAAAGGUAUCGGAGGCAAAAAGCGACGCAAGCGAGCCAAAUCGAUUGCAGAUGAAUCAGUUUCCAGUGCCUCGUUGACUGAAUUUGCUAUCAAUGAGACCAAUCAACCACCUGAUAUCGCACCUAUUGAUUCAUCCUCACCUAGCUAUUUAUCUACCGGGAAUCAAGCAGUUGCGAUCGCAGUCGCCAUGACACCCUGUCCUGUCAUUCAAGCCAGUAUUUGCCUUUCUGCAGCCAGUUCUCGCAGUCCACGAGCAGCCUCACUUUCAGCAACAAGGGCCCUGGAGAUCGCUGCGGUGCCACCGCGACGCGCGAGAAAACUGACCAUCGGCACGGUCUUAUCUCGUCGUAAUACUUGCUCUCCGAUCUUCACAUUGCCCAGCUCUCCAUCCCAAGAGACCCAUGUAAAAACCUUCAUCAACAAGUCCUCAGCUGAACCUCCGACCGCGACUCCUGCCGAAGUGACAACGAAACGUAAUGGCAUCAGGAAACGCGGUUCUCGUGCGACAAAGGAGCCUACUUUGGAUGGAGGACUGCACUCGGCCGGUUCCUCUAGGAAGUCUCGUGCUAAGGCCUUGCUUAAUCCUGCCAAGUUUAAGCGUGAACGAGCAACUGCUCCUCGAAAGUCAGACCAGCUCGCGCCAGUUCAAGUGCACUUGCCGCCUGUAUCCGUUCCUACUCCGAUCGCCUCUAGUGGCCGGCUGAAGCUGGUAUUGUCCACGGUUGCCAUUGCACGUGCACUUUCCGGUGUACAUGAUAAGGAGGUGGAUGGCGACGAGGAAGGAGAAGAUUACGAGGAGGACAGGAGGUUGCAGGCACAGGGCGGGCCAGCAGACUGUGAAACCAAAAGGAAAGAUGCACACGUUCCUGCCAGCAAGGUCACCUCUGGCGAUUCCACAGUUUUAGAGGCAAAUGGGCCUCAGGAGAAGGUAGAAGAAAGUGAGAUGGAGGCUCUAGAUGGUGAAGAAGAAGAGGCCGAAGAUAGUGCCGAAUGCGAGGGAGAGGAGGAGGAGGAGGAAGAAGAAGAAGAGGAGGAAGAGGAAGAUUUAGAUGAGGGCGAAAUCCGUCACGAUGGAGAGGAGGAUGGUGAUGAUGAAGAGGAGGAGGAAGACGAAGACGAAGAUGACGAGGAGGCUCGUAGUAAAAAGAUUUCGGCCCAACUCCUCUUCUCCAACUCUGAUCUUCUAGACCCACCUCAGCCUCAUCGAAUGCCUGGCUCUACUGCUGGUUUCAGCCUGCUUGGUGCAUGCCUACCACAUCAGCCAAAUAGCCAUCGACGGCGUCACACUCACGCUGACAGACAGCAUCACCAUCACCACAUCCGCCAUCUUGAGCAGCAGUCGCAUCAGCAAGAUGUCUAUGCGCUCUAUGGACAGUCUUCCCGUUCCUUGGCCAGCGACUUGCGCAGAACAUCAAGAGCAGAGUCAGGAGAACACACAACAUCUAACAGUAAACACUCAGUGGCCUCAGGUCUCCCUGCUAACCUAGCUUCUCUUUCCAGCGUCUCCAAUUCGUCAGUGAUCUCUGCGGCCACUGGUAUUGCCACGGGACUGGUGACGCACAAUUCAGUCUCAUCGACUACCAGUUUCAUGGCCGCCGAUUUUCCCAAUGUUCUUCCUGACCUGGGCGCCUCAGGCCUUCCUCUAGACACUGUUGAUAUCCCUACAUUCUCUGAGGAUGAAUCGGACGGUGAGGGAACUGGCCGGCUGAUUAUCGACGCCGAUUCUCUAUCCACAGCCACCGUAACCAUGGCUACAACGACCGGUACAGGCAGCCUUUCUCUUCCCCCAUCGUUAAACUCUGCAGGAACACUUCUUCCUUCUUCCACUGAUUCAUCAGUUGGUAUUUCUCACCAAUUUGCUGGCACACCUACUUCACUUCAAAAUCCAGGCCUUGACCUGGCCUCCACUCUCGGCCAGAUGCAGGCUCUCAGAUCUUCUGCCUUACCAACUGACUCUUCUGCCACUACACCUUCAACCCUCCUCUCCACUACUCGUGAAACGACGGCUAGUCUUAGAAACGUAAACGGCAGUACUAGUAGCUUUCUCUCAUCUCAGGAGGUUGAUAGCAUUACAUCUGGCUGCUGCUUCAUAACCACAGCUCCUGCCAUCAAUACAGUCCAUUCCCCUGGUCAGCUUACUCUGCUGUCUCAUUCUUCACUCGUGGAGCCCCAGCAUCAUCUACAACAAAAUUUACAACAUCACCAACAGACUCAGCAGACUCAACUGAACCACUUCCUUGACAGCCAAUCCCGGCCCAUAUUGCCACAACCUGGUUAUCUGGCUCAUCGGCCUGCUUCCUCAGCCACCUCAUCACCCAGUUCUGAUAUCUCACCAGCCUCACCUACCGUACCUUCUGGAUCUGUGACCCCGUCUAUACCUCGAUUUUCUUCUGUCGGUGGUCAAUUUUGCAGUGGUCUUUCCUCUCUUGGCCAACGGCAGGAUUGUCAGACUGCAGGAUUUUCAACUGCGACUGCUGCGUCUGAUCAAACGAUUUCUCCCCAACUCCUUUCUUAUCCCAUUCAGCAGGGUCCACAUCGCCAUGGCCUCGGUCAUACCCGCCUGCCCCCCCAUCCUACUCCAAAUAGGCCUUCUCUUUCUCAUUCUCCUCCUCAGACACCUAUGGCAUCUGGCCAUCCCCCCUGCAAUUAUCGGACCAGUCAUCCCAGUCAUCCCAGUCAUUUGCAGAGCUCGCAAAUUAUGGGCCCCUUGACCAAUACGAGUCAAUCUUCCUCUUCCCCUUCAUCUUCCUCCCUUGGACAUGCACAAAAUCUAGCCAGAUCAGGUACCUAUGAUGCACUACCACAACAUCCACACCAUCACCAGCAUCAUCAGCAUCACUAUCCUUACACCGACCCUCGACAAUUUCGACGAACUUAG